UAUCAACAAGCAUUAUUUGGUAUAACAGUUCAAGGAAGCAAUUCUGUGGGUUCUUAUUAUAACAAACUCAAGAGGAUUGCAAGACAUGCUAAUAUGGGAGAUGAUAAAUUUCACCGUAGAUUUCUUGGAGGACUUUCUUCAGGAAAUCAAAUGGAAGUUCGCU